AAAACAUCGAACGAUACAGUUUAGCUUCCAUCCAGCAGCGGCAGCACUAAAUAGACGAACUGUGUUUAGGAGAGGAAGAAAUGUUGGAUUUUUUACAUAGUGAGUUUAAUGGAACUGACCGACAUUACAUCAGACUAAAUGUCUUCACCAAUCCAAGCAGACGACGAUGAGGUGGACGAAGUGGAGUUUGUAUCAGAGGGUCCUGUCAGACCAGUAUUGGAAUGUAUUGAUUUACUGAGUGACAGUGAGGAUGAGGGAUGUUCAUCAUUGGCAGGCACGCUUGAAGAUAAAAUCACCUGCCAUAAAGCACGUGUUACAUCUACACUGGACAGACUAGCACACCAGGUGGCUCGAGAGAAAAAGGAAAGAGCAGAUAAAUGUAGAGCAUUCAAGGAGAAGCAAAUCCUACAACGAGCCCAUGGACAGCAGGAGCUGGCUUUUAGUUCAACAAAUGGAACUACCCAGGAAGCAAAGCGUUGUGUAGACAUGUGGUUAAAGAUGCCAGGUGUUAAACCUGGAGGGAUCAGUGCUGGUUCUGCAAGAAGACACAGACCUGCUUCUUUCUCCAGAAGUACUUCAACCAGACACACUUGUCCAGUGAUUAACUGUGGUCGAGUUUAUGACAAUGCAUCCCUCCUCGAUGGGCACUUGAAGAGGUUUGAUCACUCCCCUUGUGAUCCAACCAUCAAUCUUAAAGGAUGUCCUUCAGAACUCUUUGCCUGUGCUGCCUGUGGUCAACAUUAUCAGACUAAAGAAGCAUGGAGGAAACAUCUUGAGUCUAAGGUGUCCUCAUCUACUCCUGAUGGUCACAGCAUUACUCAGACCUAUCAGUGCAUUGUGUGUUUUGCCUGUCCUGCCUGCUACCUCUUUUUCAACCUUCGCGAUGAAUGUCUUCAGCACAUGGCGGCCACAAACCACUUCACAGAUGCACUCGCCAUGAAUGAAACCAGAGGAGGAGCACUGCCAGUUCCCAUCCCACAGUAUGUGAAGAAUCGACUCAUCACUUUGUGCAAGGAUGCAACAUUCAAUGUCCGCUGCUCUUUAUGUCACAAAGUGCUGAUCUCACAUCAGGCAGCUCAAGCUCACUUUAAUGUGCACUGCAGACAAGGCUGUGCGGUGGCCAAGGCUGAUAAAACAGUAGCACAGGUUAUGAAACAGCUGCAAGUGCGAGGGCAGUGCUCCCUCUGCUGUAAGCUCUUCUUCAGCCAAGCUGAAAUCGAAAGACACAAGGAAUCGGCCCAGCAUGACGUGGAGGUCAACAUAACAAUGGCAAAAGCAGUCCUUCAGCACUGCAGGUUUAGGGAAACUCAACACAUGUUGGGAGAUAGAGAGGCACAGAGGGAAAGACGGUCCACUAACCUUGAAACACCUUUUCAAAAGAGAAGCAAGAAGAGGAGCGAUUGUGAAGAAUUUCCAGCCAAACGGCAAAGACUAAGCCAGAGUGUGAACGGCAGCACUGGUGUGAGCUCAGCAACAGCAUGGUACUGCGAGUGUGGUCUGCAGUUCUCAGAGGAGACUGCAGCCAGUAAGCAUCUCUUGGCCGCGAACCAGAUUUUCCAUCAGUGUGGCGUGUGUGGCAAACACAUGGGAGAGUCCUCAAUUACCCGCUUGCACAUGAGUCGUUUUCAUGGGGGAGCUCAUCUCUCGAACUUCCUCUUCUACUGCCGCAAGUGCAAAGUGGAAAUGCCUCGAUACGAAGAUAUCCUGUCACAUGUGUCAGAUGUUCACAGCGGACACACCUACUUCACUGAACAAGAUGUGCCCGAGGACCUUGCCACCGUUAUCGAUGCCAUACCGUCCACCAGCACCCUACAUUUAUCUUCCACAAAGUCCGCAGUCCAGCAGAACACAGUAGAAACAUGUUCCUUGAAGGCAGAGCGGACUUGGAUGUGCAGGAUGUGUGAGGAUGUCUUCGACUCGGAGGACGACAUCCGCAAACACUGCAGUGACGUGAGCAGUCACAGCUAUCAGAGAUUCAUGUGUGGCCACUGCCCUCAGAAGUUCUUUAAGGAGUCCACUGUGCGCCGACAUUGUAUGAACGAGCACAACGGGCAGAUAAAAAGCUUCUACUUUUGUGGCCUCUGUGACAGCAUGCAGUUCGACUCUGAGAGCGACUUUCUGGAGCACUACAAGAGUCUUCACAGUAGGGACUUUUACUGUAUAGAUGAUGGCGAAGUUGUUCAGUAUGCUGUUGCUGAAAGCACCAGUCAGCUUACAUGCCCAUGCAUGGGUUCAGAAAAGGGCAAAGAGGACAUGAAAGCUACAUAUACGCAAUGCAUGAGGGACCUGGCAGAUAAAGGAGAAUGUCUGUAUGUGUGUGCUCCUUGUGAUGUAUCUGUGAACUCCUAUGCACAGAUGAAGACUCACGUUCACACAAAACACCCCGCUUUAAACCUGGACAUGACCUUUGAUGUCAAAUGCAAAGCUUGCCAGGAGAGUUUUACUGGAGUACCAAGUUUCCAUGAACACUAUCACUCCCAACACUGCACAUUUGAACCGUGCAUAAGCUCCAGGACCUGCAGUAAAGACACAAAAGCUGUAAAAAUACUCAGUGCAGUGGAGAUCAAACCAGACACCAACGAGAUUGAAGAUGAAACUCUUGUGAAGUUUUUGAACAUGGAUCAAACCAGCAAAGAGAGUGAAGCUAAUGGAGAUGAAUCGGAUGACGUAAUGUCUGUGAGUGCAGACGAAGCAAGAGAGUCAGCAGAGUUUGAAGAAGCUCUUAAAAGAAGUCUUUUGGAGUUUUAAGAGCAUGCUGAGAUUCAUUUUGUUGUGACACGGUGUUCAACAAACAUGAUAUUGAUGUUUUGUACCAGAUAUUUGUGUUCAGAAUAUGUAAAAUAAAAUGUUACUUACAGCUUUA